AUGGCGGUCAGUAUCCGAGGCCGUCCGAGCCGAAGCAUUCGGAUGCGAGGUGAGACAAGAGAUAUUUCAGUCUGGAUCAGAGAUUAGCAACCCUCCGAAACACAAAGCGGAACUUUCUUUGUACCUGUUAGUUGCUGUCUCCUUGCUAACCGUUAAUACUUGGUGUGUAUGGUUUGCUUUGACAGGUCGGAAUGACAGUGGGGAGGAAAAUGUACCACUCGAUCUCUCCAGAGGUGGGUGAAUCAGAUUGGAGCUUGGAGAGUCACCAUCCCCAUUGAAUCGAAGCUAGCUAUCUUAUUAGUAGGAUGCUGCUAGCUAGCUACUAAAUGGUCGAACAUGGUAACUCCCUUUAUUUACAUUUAAGUUAGUUAGCUACAAUGCUAACUGUGUUGACAACCUGGCUAAGUAGCAUAGCUAGCAGCAAUUCAUAACAUGAUCAUCACGACAUUGUUGUUUUGAUGCAUGAUAUUGUUUGGAUAUUAGCUAGUGUCAUUCAUUGUUUCUAGCUCACUGCCUAUGGCUUGUAUGCAAUUCAAUGCCAUUGAUUUUCAACUAGAGAAAUGUGUCCCAGUCCCUCCCUUGAUUUUUGCAGAAUAGGCCCAUGCCUUAUUGAAGCUAAACGCCAACACACUCCUACUUUAUCAUAAUACAAAUGUUAAGGCCCUGUAUUGCAUUGCUUAUGUUUUUGCAUCAUGGGAGAGUUUGUAAACAAAUGAUUUAGUUAUAGUUUGAAAUAAUGUAGCUACUGCAUAAAAAGUAGGCAGACUGACCUCAAGUCUAGGAUAGUAGCUCCCCUGUUAAGCUGAUGGAUGUAACAGUAAGCCCCUGGAGGCAUUUUCAAAAGUUGGUUGAAUCAUAUUGCACCUUCAAAAUGCCACAACCUUGAUCAACUGUAUGAUGUUAUGGUAAUAGGGAGUGCUUUUUUGGUCGCUGAAGUGCAAUGGGUGUAUUUUCACAGCAGAGCAGUACCACCAAACUUAAGCAAAAUAUACAUUUUGGGAUCUUAACUGGCCUCGUUACAGGAACACUCUGUCCAAGUGAUAUCCCAGAUUUCCUCAGGGACACUUCACACUAUUUUACUUCAUGCUCCGAAGCCGAAGUCACUUGACUGAAGCAUACAAUAGCACAUUCUGACCAUUGCAGAAUAGUAAUGUUUUACUGAUUUAUCGCUUAAGAUUUUCUAUUGCUCACUCAGGUGAAGAAAUCCCAAAUGCCCUGAUCCCAAAUGUAUUUCUGUUUCCAGUUUAGUGUUCCAGUCCCACUCAUUAAUGAGGCCUAGUCAUGCUGGUCUCACCUGAACACAGUGUGUUCUGUUACUGGAACGUAUUGGAACAGAGUUUUAACCCGGUGAGAGAACUUUUCACUUAUUGACCUUGAUGUUUCAUUUCAGAUCCUUCAGACAACCUUCGGGAAAUCCUUCAGAAUGUUGCCAAGCAACAAGGAGUCUCCAACAUGCGCAAACUCGGUCACCUGAACAACUUUAUAAAGGUUUGUGGGGCAAUAUCUCAGCAGAUAUUAAUUGUAUGUAACGUUUGAUUCUUUGUUUGAAUGUGUUCUUACAAGUAUAUUUGUCUCCAUCUGUCACAGCUUCUCUGCAAUGCAGGCCACUCAGAGGAGAAGCUUGGGUUUACACAUGAAGAGAUCAUCAUUUGGUGAGUCUUUCGAGAAAUGAAUCUCCAGUAGGGCUACAUGUACAGGACUAGCUGUUUUUCUAUCGGUUGAUUUUGUGAUGUUUCCAGUUCCACUAUAGAAUGAUUUUGCCAUGAUAAUGAAGUCUAGUGCAGAUUUGUUGUUCCUUACUUUAUCGAUCUUUCUCUCACUCUCUCUUUCUCUCUCUCUCUAUCUCUCACUCACGUCCCGUCCUGCCCCUUUUCUAGUCUCCGGUUAGCGCUGUUAAAUGAGGCUAAGGAGGUGCGAGCUGCAGGCCUUAGGGCUCUACGCUACCUGAUCAGAGACAGCGCUAUUCUCCAGAAGGUCCUCCGUCUUCAGGUGGACUACCUGAUCGCCAGGUGAGUGCUACAUCUGAACGGUGUGUGUUUGUGACUUAUCCCAAUGUUGAGCCAACUUAACCUUUCAACCACUGAGUGACUGAGUAUCUCCUUCUCCAGGUGCAUAGACAUCCAGCAAAGCAAUGAGGUGGAGAGAACACAGGCUCUCAGGCUGGUGCGAAAGGUGAGACACCCCAACCUCUCUUUAACUAAAUUAAUUUCAUGCAUAGUGUACCAUUCAGUAAGAUGUUGAGGUAUGACCAGUUAUUUAAGUGAUAAUGCCCUAGAAGCCAGUGUUUGGAGGAUAUAUUGGCACGAGUGUUGUUAGGCCCGAGACGAAAUCGAGUGCCGGCAAAUCACUUUUAUACAACGGGUUACCAACAUAUUCAAAUAAUGAUUUACAUAUUUUCAUAAAUGUUAUUUUGAUUAAUUUAUUCAUACUAUUUCGUCCUUCCACAAGAUAUAGUCUCAACACAAAUCUAGGGUUUCUACCCAAGCCGGCUGGUCGUUCGUUCUAUCGGUUCGGUUGCCAGAGACGCGACCCAGUCAUUCAGUCUUUUUGUUCUAAAUGUUCUAUUGCCAUACUGGCUGGCAAUGUUCUUAUCCCUUGCUUGCUAGCUAGCCAACUAUGGCUAACUUACAGUCACGUCAAACAGUGCAGCCAGAAUAACAACAAAGUAGCUGCAUUUGCAGUUGUUUAAGCUGUUUUCUCGUGACAUUUAUUUGGAUACAUCCAAAACAAUGAACUAAUGAUGCAUGAUUUCACCUGGCAUAGAAAAUGUGCUCUCGUCAGGACACUGUUUUGUUGUUCAGAGGAGCUAGCCAACAGCACAGCUAACACAAUCACUUCAAACUGAAGCUGGAAAGACUGCAAACUAGCUGCACUUCGUUUCAUUUUACCUGUUUUCUAUUGACAUUUCUUUGUAUAUAUCCAUAAAAAUGAUGCAGAUUCAUGAUUUCGACUGGCUGAGAAAAGCUGCCUGCCUGUCUCAUCCAGACUCCCGACCCCUACACGUUCAUUACUAUGGGACAACUGGAGAUGGAAUUUCAAUACUGAAACAAUGUUGCAAAUGUCAGAGACAGCAAGGUUUAUACAAAUCUCCGCUGUUGAAAACGAAAUGUUAGUCUAAAAGAAAUGUGAGAUAAUGUCUAGAUGCUUUUUACAGUGCAGAUCAGGUUUAUAAAUUGUCUGGCUGGGCUGGUGAGACAGUGGAUUGCACAGUGAGAUGGAACAGAGUAAAUAGGCAUUUCAACGACAUAGCUUUAGCCGGUGGUAACUUGUGGAAUAGACACCGGCUGGAAUGUGGUAAACAUCUUUAUACCAUAGCAUUGUUGAAUUUGAAUACUAAUUUCUGAUUGGCUUGAAGGGCAUUCUAGAGCAUGCAUUAUUUCCCUAUAACACACGGUAUAUUUGCACGGUAGAAUUAAAUGCUAUAGUUAAUUUUUACAUGUUUUGUUUGAGCUCCUUUUGAAAGUAAAAGUCUAAUUGAAAACAGUAUUGGUAUUGUUGAAUUUGAUUUUCAUAAUAGCAAGCUAGGACUGAUAGUUUGGUUAGCUAAACUAGCAAGUCUGUUUGUUUGGUUGCCACGGCAACUACUGUAGCUAUCUAGUAAACUUGCUAGCUACUUUAGUGGAUGUUGAACACAUUUAUACCGGCAAAUAAACACAUUUCUAGUGGCAUGUGUUAAAUUAUAGCCAUGGUAUUAAAGGGAUAAUCAACUCGGGGCUCUAUGCGUUCUCUCGAAAAGAAUGCAACUCCGUGGAAGGUCAAUUCCACUCCGCUAGUGCGUAGUGGAACACACCUUCCACGUCGUUCAUUAUUUUCCAUAGAACGCAUAGCCCCUCGUUGAUUAUCCCUUACUUAUUUAGUAAACAUCUUUCUAUCACGUGAGUACUACUAUGUGAGACUCUGAUCUGUCCCCUCUCUGCUGGCCCCUACAGAUGAUCACUGUGAAUGCACUGCUCUUCCCCUCGUCUGUAACAAACUCCCUCAUUGCCGUGGGCAAAGAUGGGCUACAGGAGCGAGACCGCAUGGUGCGCGCCUGUAUCGCCAUCAUCUGUGAACUUGGUGAGUGAGACACCACACACGCACACACUUAUCUAUUUGUGAUCUUAUGGUUAAACCCUGUGUGAUUCCUUUAUUCUGCAGCUCUGAAGAACCCUGUGGUGGUGGCCCAGAGGGGUGGUCUCAGCACCAUUCUGAAGAACGUGAUCGACUGUCAGCUGAGCCGCAUCAACGAGGCACUCAUCACUACCAUCCUACACCUCCUCAACCACCCACACACACGACAGUAUGUGCGCUCGGAUGUGGAGCUCGAGGUACUGACAAUACACACUCGCAUACAAAGAGCAGCAUUCAUUAACAGGAAUUUGAUUAAUUUGAUUAUUUUCCUCAUUGAAUGUGAUUUUGUUUUUCACGUUCUGUUUUUCUUCCAGCAAAUCCUGGCCCCUUACACGGACUUCCACUACAGACACAAUGCAGACACAUCAGAGGGGCAACUCAAGUAAGUGUGGAUUAUACAUACACUACCAGUCAAGUUUGGACACACCUACUCAUUCAAGGGUUUUUCUUUAUUUUUACAAUUUUUUACAUUGUAAAAUAAUAGUGAAGACAUCAAAACUAUGAAAUAACACAUGGAAUAAUGUAGUAACCAAAAAAAGUGUUAAACAAAUCAAAAUAUAUGUAAUAUUUGAGAUUCUUCAAAUAGCCACCCUUUUCCUUGAUGACAGCUUUGCACACUCUUGGCAUUCUCUCAACCAGCUUCAUGAGGUAGUCACCUGGGAUGCAUUUCAAUUAACAGGUGUGCCUUCUUCAAAGUUAAUUUGUGGAAUUUCUUUCCUUCUUAAUGCAUUUGAGCCAAUCAGUUGUGUUGUGACAAGGUAGAUAGCCCUAGAAAUUGCACCCUCAGAAAUUGCAGCCCAAAUAAAUGCUUCACAGAGUUCAAGUCACAGACACAUCUCAACAUCAACUGUUCAGAGGGGACUGUGUGAAUCAGGCCUUCAUGGUCGAAUUGCUGCAAAGAAACCACUACUAAAGGACACCAAUAAUAAGAAGAGACCUGCUUGGGCCAAGAAACACGAGCAAUGGACAUUAGACCGGUGGAAAUGUGUCCUUUGGUCUGGAGUCCAAAUUUGAGAUUUUUGGUUCCAACCGCCGUGUCUUUGUGAGACGCGGUGUGGGUGAACGGAUGAUCUCCGCAUGUGUAGUUCCCACUGUAACGCAUGGAGGAGGAGGUGUUAUGGUGUGGGUGUGCUUUGCUGGUGACGGUCUGUGAUUUAUUUAGAAUUCAAGGCACACUUAACCAGCAUUGCUACCACAGCAUUCUGCAGCGAUACGCCAUCCCAUCUGGUUUGGGCUUAGUGGGACUAUCAUUUGUUUUUCAACAGGACAAUGACCCAACACACCUCCAGGCUGUGUAAGGGCUAUUUUACCAAGAAGGAGAGUGAUGGAGUGCUGAAUCAGAUGACCUGGCCUCCACAAUCCCCCGACCUCAACCCAAUUGAGAUGGUUUGGGAUGAGUCGGACGGCAGAGUGAAGGAAAAGCAGCCAACAAGUUUGUUUAAUACUUUUUUGGUUACUACAGGAUUCCAUGUGUUAUUUCAUAGUUUGUCUUCACUAUUAUUCUACAAUGUAGAAAAUAGUAAAAAUAAAGAAAAACGUUGGAAUGAGUAGGUGUGUCCAAACUUUUGACUGGUACUAUAUAUAUAUAUAUUUUUUUUUGUGGCAGACCAGGGGGUUUGAUCUAAACGUUCACACAGAUCAGACACAAUGGGAUACCUCAGUUUCAAGGGUGUUUAUUUAAAACAAUAAAGAAAAACAAAACAAAACAGGUCUCCUCCAGGAGACCUCUUCUGGGCUCCGGGAAAUGCUGUCUCCUCUGGGGUAGAACACAGAGCCCCUCGGUUCUAGCAGACCGUGAGGACGUCUAUCCGGUAGACGUCUGCCCUCCUGGCAGCUUUAUGGGCCCUGUACACCAGCCCUCAAUCAGCCCCAAUUAGUCCUGGCCAGAGGACCUGUCGAGACCUGGCACGUCCAGCAGAGGGAGCCAUCGCCGUGUGAUGUAGACUGUCACCAGGCCUCGACGAGUCUCCUCCUGGUGGCUUGUCCGCGGUACGCCACACCCCCCUCUCCCCUUAGCCCUGUCGGGGACGGGGCGGUCGUCAGUGCGAUAUACGUCUCCCUUCUCGAUAGGGCAUCCGCGUUCCCAUGCUUCGCCCCUGACCUCUGCACAACAGAAAAAGAGAAGCGUUGAAGGGACAAGAACCACCUGGUGACUCAAUCGUUCGUGUCCUUUCCCCUGGCCAUCCAGACCAGGAGAGCCAUGGUCUGUGACCAGGGUGAAGUGGGUGCCCAACAUGUAAUUCUUAAGUGUCUAGCGCCCACUUCACCGCUAGACACUCUUUGUUGACAAUCGAGUACUUCUUUUCUCUGGGUAUCAACUUCCGGCUUAUGUACAUGAUGGGGUGUUCCUCCCCAUCGUGUACCUGGGACAGGACAGUCCCUAGUCCCGUGUCGCAGGCAUCCGUCUGCACCAGCAUCGGUACCUGGAAAUCGGGCGUCACGAGAUUCGGAUGGGAGCACAGUGCUUCCUUCAGGCGCCUGAAUGCCGCUUCGGCCUCAUCCGACCACUUCACUGUUUUCAGGGAGGUAGGCCCUGGUCAGAUUGGUAAGGGGGGAGGCUAUAGCCGCAAAGUUGGGGAGGACCCGGUAUUGGUAUAAGCCAUCCGGUGUCGAGAAUGCCGUCUUCUCCCGGGAGGAGGCUGCCAAGGGUACCUGCCAAUAUCCCUUGGUCAGGUCCAAGGUGCUCAUGUACCGGGCCUUUCCCAACCGGUCAAUGAGCUCGUCCACCCUCGGCAUGGGGUAGGCAUCGAACAAGCCCCCCGGAAGUAAUUGCAGAAACGCAGACUACUGUCCGGUUUGGGCACCAACACGAUGGGGCUGCACCAUGCGCUGUGGGACUCCUUGACGACUCCCAUCCUCAGCAUAGCCUCAACCUCCUGCUUCACGGCCUUCCUUCGUACCGUUUCUCCGGGCCGGGUGCGGACAUGGUCUUCAAUGAGGGUCGUUUGGCCUGGUUUCUUGGCAAACACGGCAGUGUUCCGAUAGAUGAGCUCCCAGAGCGCUUGCUUCUGGGCCGGUCCGAGGUCCUCAUUGCUCGGGACCACCACUGGUCCCGUCAACAUCCCAGGUUUUGACCACAGCACGGCCAAGGCUGUCCUCACGUGCCACCUCUUCAAUAGGUUCACGUGGUAAAUCUGUUGUGGUUUCCAUCUCCCCGGCUGCCGUACGCGGUAAUUUACGGGUCCCAGCUUCUCUGUCACUUCGUACGGCCCGUGCCAAGUGCCGCGAACAGCGGACAAUCUCGUCCCACGAGGAGGGGUAUCGGCAACUCAGGUACAGCACCCACCACCAUCUGGCAGCUCCCUUGUGGCAUCACGAUGUUGGCCUGCCCGGUCGAAUACCGCUUGGUGUCGCCGUGGACACAGGAGUGGGACAUCUCCUCCCCACGGUCGGUCGGCUGGGCCAGCAGGUGCGCUUGUACCAGCGUUGCCACACUCCCGGAAUCCAACAGAGUGUGGGUGUCGUGACCGUCGAUUUUCACUGGGACCAUGGGUGCUGGUGGCUUGCUGUGGGCCCAACAGGAGGUGACAUAGUUUACUGCGUGGCCCGGCUCGUCUCCGGGGCCCACUGAUGUCAUUGACUCCUCUCGGCCCGGGCAAUUCCAUGCGAGGUGUCCCGGGCGCCACACACAAAACACCUCCUUUGGUCUUCAUCCACCUGGGGUUGUUGGUGGCGGGUCGACUCUCUGCGGGUCUGCAGUCCUUUAACCCGGCUGACUGUCGGAUUGGGGAGUACGAUGGUGGGGUUGUCGUUCCGUCCCCUCUGACGGCUCCCGGACUCGGCCCGCGUCCUCUUCAGCAGGGCCUCUGUAUUCUGGUGCGUCUUCACGGCUCCCAAGAGGUCCUCCAAGGUCUGAGGAGCGCGUAGGCUCGCCUCCCUCUUCAUGUUGUGAGGUAGUGCCCGUAAGAAGAGAUCCAUGACCACUUUGUCGAUAACGGGGAGGGUGGCUACGUCAGGUUAGGAGCCAUGCCCUGGUGAUGCGCAGUAGGUCGAUAAUCUGGGCUUGGAGGGGAAGCGUCGGCCACAAACCUCCCAGUCGUGGACCAGCUGGGCCCGACGGGCAUGGCUGUACCCGUAGCAAAUGAGUACCUCUUGAGACAGUAGUAGUUAGCCGCCUGUUUGGUGUUGAGGUCAUAAUACGCCUUUUGGGCGUCUCCGGACAGGAACGGGGCCAGCAGAGCCGCCCACUUCGCCUUGGGCCAUCCUUCCCGGAGUGCUGUCCAUUCGAACAUGCAGAGGUAGGUCUCGAUGUCGUCGUCCUCCGUUAGCUUGAUUAAAAACUGAUUGGGAUGUGAUUCGGUCCAUGUUUCUCCUCGCAGCCUCCUGACUUCCUCAAGUAGGCGGACAUUCUGUAGAAGCUGUUCUUCCAGCGUUUGUUCCUGAAUGUCCUGUUGCGCUUGUUGGGCCCGAACAAACUGAGCUAUCAACUCGUCCAUGCUGAUACUGCGUAAACGUCAACACUGGUCUGACCACGUUGUCAGAUUGCCUGCAGUUUCCACCACUUGUGGCAGACCAGGGAGUUUGAUCUAAAUGUUUACACAGAUCAGACACGGACACAAGUGGUGGAGACAGUUUCAAGGAUGCUUGUUUAAAACAAUAAAGAAAAAUAUAAAAAACAGGUCUCCUCCAGGAGACCUCUUCUGGGUUACCGUCUUCUGGCCUCCGGGGAAUGCUGUCUCCUCUGUGGUAGAACACAGAGCCCCUCGGUUCUAGCAGACCAUGAGGACGUCUAUCCGGUAGCUACCUCGAACCUCUCCCCUGUGCUGCCCUCCUGGCAGCUUUAUGGGUCCCGUACGGCUGGUGAGCAAUCAGCCCUUGAUUACUCAUCAGCCCCAAUUAGUUCUGGCGGGGAGGACAUGUCAAGACCUGGCACGUCCAGCAGAGGGAGCCACCGCCGUGUGAUGUGGACUCCGUCUGUCACCAGGCCUCGACGAUAUAUAUACAGCUGCGGAAAAAAUUAAGAGACCACUGCAAAAUUAUCAGUUUCUCUGGUUUUACUAUUUAUAGGUAUGUGUUUGGGUAAAAAUAACAUUUUUGUUUUAUUCUAUAAUCUACUGACAACAUUUCUCCCAAAUUCCAAAUAUUGGAAUUUAGAGCAUUUAUUUGCAGAAAAUGACAACUGGUCAAAAUAACAGAAAAGAUGCAGUGUUGUCAGACCUGCAAAGAAAAUAAGUUCAUAUUCAUUUUUAAACAACACAAUAGUAAUGUUUUAACUUAGAGUUCAGAAAUCAAUAUUUGGUGGAAUAACCCAGAUUUUCAAUCACAGCUUUCAUGCGUCUUGGCAUGCUCUCCACCAGUCUUUCACAUUGAUGUUGGGUGACUUUAUGCCACUCCUGGUGAAGAAAUUCAAGCAGCUCGGCUUUGUUUGAUGGCUUGUGACCAUCCAUCUUCCUCUUAAUCACAUUCCAGAAGAUUUCAAUGUGGUUCAGGUCUGGAGAUUGGGCUGGCCAUUACAGGGUCUUGAUCUGGUGGUCCUCCAUCCACACCUUGAUUGACCUGGCUGUGUGGCAUGGCGCAUUGUCCUGCUGGAAAAAACAAUCAUCAGAGUUGGGGAACAAUGUCAGAGCAAAAGGAAACAAGUUUUCUUCCAGGACAACCUUGUACGUGGCUUGAUUCAUGCGUCCUUCACAAAGACACAUCUGCCCGAUUCCAGCCUUGCUGAAGCACCCCCAGAUCAUCACUGAUCCUCCACCAAAUGUCACAGUGGGUGCGAGGUACUGUAGCUUGUAGGCCUCUCCAGGUCUCCGUCGAACCAUUAGACGACCAGGUGUUGGGCAAAGCUGAAAAUCCGACUCAUCAGAGAAGAUGACCUUACUCCAGUCCUCUAUGGUCCAAUCCUUAUGGUCUUUUGCAAACCUCAGCCUGGCUUUUCUUUGCUUCUCAUUGAUGAAGGGCUUUUUUCUAGCUUUGCACGACUUCAGCCCUGCCCCUAGGAGCCUGUUUUGAACCGUCCUCGCCAUGCACUUCACUCCAGCUGCCGUUUGCCAUUCUUUUUGCAGGUCACUUGAUGUUAUCCUACGGUUGUUGAGUGACAUGCGAAUGAGUUGGCGGUCAUCCCGGUCAGUAGAGAGUCGUUUUCGCCCUCUGCCGGUCUGUAGCUUUGUUGUCCCCAAUGUCUGCUGCUUGACCGUGUUCUUAUGAACCGCCGUCUUUGAAAUGUUAAGGAUGGAAGCAACCUGACGCUCACUGUAUCUCUCUGCCAGUAAAGACAGAAUUGACCCCUUCUUUUCCUCACUCAAAACGUUCCUUUUCAACUCUUUUGGCAUGGUCAAUAGUUAUUUUUUUAUUAAUAUUACUUUUGAGGUACUAUUAGCACUGUUUUUGCCAUUCAGCUGGUCCUAUUGCAAGAGGAUAGUGAUCACCACAGCAGUGGUUUUUAUACUUUUCCUCGUUAAAUAAGAUUUGGUUCAUGUGAUCACCUAAUGAGUACCUAAUUCAGUAGAAUGAGGUGUGCCUGUGUUGAAAUUGAACAUACACUGGAAUGUAAUGGCUGUCAUACAUGUAGAGAUGCUGAUUUAAGAAAAAUUUGCAGUGGUCUCAAUUUUUUCCACAGCUGUGUGUGUAUAUAUAUAUAUAUAUAUAUAUAUAUAUAUAUAUAUAUAUCAAAUAAAAUGGAGUGUUGUAUUUACUGUAUCAAUUAUUUUGGGGAUGUUAAUCGUGCAUUUUGAUGUCAACCCCAGGGAAGACAGGGAAGCUCGAUUCCUGGCCAGUAAGAUGUCCAUAGUUGCUUCCUUUCGCUCCUGGUCAGGUAAACAUUACUCCUUCAUAUUCAAUAAUAUUUGAGUUUGAGUGUCUAUAUACCCUGAUAGCUUUGAUAUGCUAUUAGUGAUGUGGUCUGAACAUGUCCUUACCUGACCCUACUCUCUGUAUUUCCGUCUCAAUCUCACUCCAGGCAUCAUUAACCUGUGCAAGUCAGGCAACUCUGGAAUCCAGUCUCUUAUUGGCCUGCUCUGUAUACCAAAUGUGGAAGUAAGGGUAAGCAUAGCAUCGAAUGGACACUAUCAGCACGCGACAACUGAGGUCAAAAGGAAUGCAGUGUCCUCAAGUUUACAUCGAGAUUGCUCUAUGGUUGUGCUCAAUAACACAGAUAACAAUGUCACUCAGUUUAAUGUAAGAAUAAUGUAGAGCACACCCCGAAAAAUAUAAUUAUUUUCCCACUUCUCAUCAAAAUGUUAUACAUUUUUCAUUAGGGAAUAAUGGAGUCUCUAUUAGACUGUGUGUGUAAGUAAAACUGGUUACGCUCAAUCUCCCACAGAAAGGCUUGUUAGAGGUGAUGUAUGAUAUCUUCCGGCUCCCCAUGCCUGUUGCGACUGCAGACUUUAUUGAAGCACUUAUCAGUGUGGGUGGGUACAAUGUCACUUUUUGUGUGUCUAUUCAAGUUAAUAACCUCUAACCACCUUAUCAUAUAUCUCAUGUACCAUAUAUUAUUAUGUCACAUUGUAUACUUGUCUCUAUAUUCCCCCUAUAGACCCCAGUAGGUUCCAAGACAGUUGGAGGUUAUCAGAUGGCUUUGUGGCUUCUGAAGCUAAAUGUAUCCUUCCACAUCGAGCUCGGUCAAGGUAAGAACAAUCACUGAAUUUCAACUCUCCUUUACUCAUGAUUGAGUAAAACAUUCUCUGCAUAAACUCAGUGUUCUCUGUCUGCCCCCUCAGGCCUGACCUAAUGGAUAACUACCUGGCUUUGGUACUGUCUGCCUUCAUCAAGAGUGGACUUCUUGAGGUAUGGUCAUCAAUAUCAGAGGAUCAAUGCGUUUGUGUAUAUUCAACCAAAUAGUGCUGUUAGAUAUCUGUCAAUGUUACUACCUAAAGAUAACACACACAAACCACUAUUGCCUUUCAUGUAAAGCUUGAGUACCUCUCAACAGGGUCUGAUUGAGGUUAUCACAAGCACUGAUGACAACAAUUCUGUGCGAGCCACCCUUCUACUGGGAGAACUGCUUCACAUGGUAACUCAAGUCAAUGCUCUCUCUGCUGUUAACAUUAUGUGAGGUCAAUGAACUGGACCAGAGGAUAUGCUCUAGGAGUUUUUCACACAAAUUAUUUGUAAUGAGUUGUUUUGGUAAAGUUUGUAAUUAGUUUUUCAUGGUUGUUGUUGUAACUGUUUAUUUUUGUUCCCACCCCAGGCCAACACCAUCCUGCCACACUCCCACAGCCACCACCUGCACUGUCUGCCCACACUCAUCAACAAGGCAGCCUCCUUCGACAUCGCUCAGGAGAAGAGACUGUGAGUGACAACUACUUACCAUAGAGCGCUGAGGAAGUUACUUGGGUUCACUAUAGACAGGGACCAUUGUGAGGAAUUUACUCUGUAGCAGACAGGAGAAAAGACUGUAUGACUAUGACUAUAGUUACAUGAAACUCUCUACCCUAAUCGUCAUUAAACAAUGUAUGUGCUACAAGAGAGUUUGGAUUUUGUAUUAUUAACACUGACACGACAGCUAUUGUCAUCAUUUUUCAGACGGGCGAGUGCAGCGGUCAACUACCUGAAGCGCUUCCACGAGAAGAAGAAAAGAGCGCCCAAACCCAACAGCCUGUACCUGGACCACAUCAUCCGCAAAUCAAAGGCUUCACACUACUGUAGAGACCAGCACUUUAGACCACAGAGAGAUAUCUUUGUCAUUAAGGUACAUUUCAAACCAUGUCCCUGUGCAACAAAAGCUUCUCGGAUUUGUUGUAGUUCUAUUUGAAAUGCUGUCCUUGUUUGCAUUGCAGGACACUGAGGAUGCUCUCAUGAUGAACCUGAGAGACAGCCACAUCCUGAACCACAAAGAGAACCUGGACUGGAACUGGGUUCUCAUCGCAACAAUACUGAAGGUGAGUGGAGCAGGACUGCAGUAAAUACAAACUUAUUACAGUCAGUCUCUUUUUCAGUACUGUCUCUUGUUCAAUUUAAGUUUUUUUUAAUGUUUCCUUUUUCCCCAUCUGUAGUGGCCCAACGUUAACCUGCGGAGCAAUAAAGAUGAACAAAUUCACAAGUUAGUAACAUUACAACCACUUCUAUCACCAAACCAAAGGUAACAUGAAGCGAAUAUGCUAGUGGUAUUUGAUCCUCUUUUGUUGCCUUUCCUCUCUGUCCCUGGGUUCUCUGUCUGUCUGACCCUGGGUUUUCUGUCUGUCUGACCCUGGGUUUUCUGUCUGUCUGGCCCUGGGUUCUCUGUCUGUCUGACCCUGGGUUUUCUGUCUGUCUGACCCUGGGUUCUCUGUCUGUCUGACCCUGGGUUCUCUGUCUGUCUGACCCUGGGUUCUCUGUCUGUCUGACCCUGGGUUUUCUGUCUGUCUGACCCUGGGUUUUCUGUCUGUCUGACCCUGGGUUUUCUGUCUGUCUGACCCUGGGUUUUCUGUCUGUCUGACCCUGGGUUCUCUCUCUCUGUCUGACCCUGGGUUCUCUGUCUGUCUGACCCUGGGUUCUCUGUCUGUCUGACCCUGGGUUCUCUCUCUCUGUCUGACCCUGGGUUCUCUCUCUCUGUCUGACCCUGGGUUCUCUCUCUCUGUCUGACCCUGGGUUCUCUCUCUCUGUCUGACCCUGGGUUCUCUCUCUCUGUCUGACCCUGGGUUCUCUCUCUCUGUCUGACCCUGGGUUCUCUCUCUCUGUCUGACCCUGGGUUCUCUCUCUCUGUCUGACCCUGGGUUCUCUCUCUCUGUCUGACCCUGGGUUCUCUCUCUCUGUCUGACCCUGGGUUCUCUCUCUCUGUCUGACCCUGGGUUCUCUCUCUCUGUCUGACUCUGGGUUCUCUCUCUCUGUCUGACCCUGGGUUCUCUCUCUCUGUCUGACCCUGGGUUCUCUCUCUCUGUCUGACCCUGGGUUCUCUCUCUCUGUCUGACCCUGGGUUCUCUCUCUCUGUCUGACCCUGGGUUCUCUCUCUCUGUCUGACCCUGGGUUCUCUCUCUCUGUCUGACCCUGGGUUCUCUCUCUGUCUGACCCUGGGUUCUCUCUCUCUGUCUGACCCUGGGUUCUCUCUCUCUGUCUGACCCUGGGUUCUCUCUCUCUGUCUGACCCUGGGUUCUCUCUCUCUGUCUGACCCUGGGUUCUCCCUCUCUGUCUGACCCUGGGUUCUCCCUCUCUGUCUGACUCUGGGUUCUCUCUCUCUGUCUGACCCUGGGUUCUCUCUCUCUGUCUGGCCCUGGGUUCUCACUCUCUGUCUGACCCUGGGUUCUCUCUCUCUGUCUGACCCUGGGUUCUCUCUCUCUGUCUGACCCUGGGUUCUCUCUCUCUGUCUGACCCUGGGUUCUCUCUCUCUGUCUGACCCUGGGUUCUCUCUCUCUGUCUGACCCUGGGUUCUCCCUCUCUGUCUGACCCUGGGUUCUCCCUCUCUGUCUGACCCUGGGUUCUCCCUCUCUGUCUGACCCUGGGUUCUAUUUUUGCAGGUUUGUGCGCAGACUGCUGUUCUUUUAUAAGCCCAGCAGUAAGCUGUAUGCCAGCCUGGAGCUGGACCACAGCAAAGCCAGGCAGCUCACUGUGGUGGGAUGCCAGUUCAUUGAGUUCCUCCUGGAGUCUGACGAGGUGAGAGGGUUUACGAUGAGGCAAAACUCUAAUAGACUACUGAUAUUUACACACAGCAGUAGAGAAUUUCACUAUGCAGGCCUAUUAAUGAACAAUCCAUAACGUUAAACAACUUCUAAUUGUAAACUCUUUUGAUAAUCAAAUAUUGAAUUACAUGACCUUACAUUGACCUCUCUCACCAUGUCCAACAUUACCUCAACAUUACCUCUCUGUGUGUCAGGAUGGGCAGGUGUACCUGGAGGACCUGGUGAAGGACAUAGUCCAGUGGCUCUCCUCUUCUUCAGGGCUCAAGCCCGACCGCAGUCUCCAGAGCAACGGGCUGCUCACCACCCUCAGCCAGCACUACUUCCUGUUCCUAGGCACUCUUUCCUCACACCCACACGGCGUCAAGAUGCUGGAGAAGUGCAGUGUCUUCCAGUGGUCAGUCUCUCAACAUCCAUUAAUCUGUUUUUUCAAACAAGUUUCUUCCUUUUUUGUUCUUGGGAGAUACCUAAUACCUUGAACUGGCCCAUUUAGAGGUGCCUAAUGCAUUUUUAAGCUACUGCAGAGAGAAUUUCCUUUUUCCCUUUGUCCUCUGACAAAUCAUUGUGUUGGAGUGUAUAUGGUACUUGAGCAGUACAUUGACUUUCUUUAUCCUGUGCUCUCCUACUAGCCUAUUGAACAUAUGUACGCUGAAGAAUCAGGACCACCUGCUGAAGCUCACUGUGUCCACACUGGACUACAGCCGUGACGGGCUGUCCAGGGUCAUCCUGUCCAAGAUUCUGACCGCUGCCACUGAUGUAGGAACACCACCAUUUACACUGAAAGAACGUACAGAUGUAAUUCACACAGGAAUUGAUCAAUCGUGGUUUCAUAGAGGCGGAGGAAGAGGAGCUUGCACAAGUGUUUGGAAAGCAACUACCUGUAUUUUUAUGUUAUGUGCAAUUUGGUUUGUUGUGCUUUAAAUGGAGCAUGUGUUAGGGUUUUAGAAUGACAGUAACUCUAUACCAACAUCACAAGACUUUCGGGAACACUUGUGAAACAGACCAAACAGACCAGGCCGGGGUUUAUGGGUUUGAGAAGUCAAUGAGAGAAGUGAAACAUGGUUAAACCUCAAUCUAAAGACACAAACUAGAUUCGAGCCAAUGUCUUAAGUAGUUUAACUUGUUAUUACUCCAACCUCGUGAAAGUGACAAACUGACACGUUUUAAUUUUCGUCAAAAACUAUUUUAUAUCGAAGGAGUGCCUGCACAUGCACAGUUCGGUGCGAGACGACCGUUGGAGCCAAAUGACGUGUUUCUACGCAUGAGCUUAGCUAGCCAACGACGCCAUGACAUCGCCUACAAGUGUGAUCCGGGAUUUCGAUAGAAGCAGUUUUAGCCUAUCUUCAUACUGUACUGUCUUUUGUCUAUAGCCUGUCCUCUUCUGCCCUCUGUUUGUGUACCACAGAACUGCAGGUUGUAUGCCACUAAACACCUGCGGGUGCUGCUGCGUGCCAAUGUGGAGUUCUUCAGUAAUUGGGGCAUCGAGCUCCUGGUCACCCAGCUCCACGACCGCAACAAGACUAUCUCCAUGGAGGCGCUGGACAUACUGGAUGAGGCCUGCGAGGACAAGGCGAGGAAUGAGGGGCCUGAGAUUCUGUUGUGGUGUCUUGCUAUGUGUUCCCUGGUCACUGCUGUACCUUACCGUCUGUCAUUUAGUUUAAUCAAGCAGUUUUUGACUCCAGUAGUGUAUUAGCUGACUUGUCUCUGUGGUGUUUUUUUCAUACAGGCAAAUCUCCAUGCUCUGAUCCAGAUGAAGCCAGCUCUCACUCACCUGGGGGACAAGGGGGUCCUGCUGCUGCUACGGUAAGCUGCUGGGAGAAAACUCAGCUAUUGUUUGCGGUCUGUAUUAGGUCCCUUUGUCUCUAACCUCUGUGAUUCUUAUCUCCAGGUUCUUGUCCAUUCCAAAGGGCUUCUCCUACCUCAAUGAGAGGGGCUACGUCACCAAGCAGCUAGAGAAAUGGCAGAAGGUACAUUCAUACUCAACCAAACAAUGUCAUAAAUUAUGGUUUGCAUCUUUUGGCUGACACAUGAGACAUCGAAAACUGGUAGCGUUUUUAUAUCAUUGUAUGUUUUGUAGGAGUAUAACCUGAAGUAUGUGGACAUGAUAGAGGAGCAGCUGAACGAAGCUCUCACCACAUACCGUAAACCUGUCGAUGGAGACAACUAUGUACGUCGAAGCAACCAAAGGUUACAGAGGCCAAAUGUUUAUCUUCCUGUGCAUCUGUAUGGCCAGCUUGUCCAUGACAAGACAGGCUGCCAUCUACUGGAAGUCCAGGUAACUGCAGCUUCUUGAACCACCCACUAUUACACUGAUCAAGUAGCAAUUAGGCCUACAGGCAUAAUGUGUUUUAUACUCUUUUUGUUUCUUAUUUUCUCUAUCUCUUUAGAAUGUGGUUCCUGACCUAAGCUACACUGUUCGCUCCCCAAUGCUGGACAAGUGGGAUGGCAUUAAACAGCUUAAGGCAGCACUUUGGGCCUUGGUCAGUAUAAUUGAGAAUGACUAACUGCCACAUCUAUUCUAAUCAGAAGAGUUCCACAAUUAUGUGCCGAUUAUUGACAUGAUUCACCCAUUAAAUCAUUUUCAUAAUAACAUGAAUAUUAAUGUUUUUUAAACUGUUUGUUUCCAGGGUAACAUAGGGUCGUCAAACUGGGGGUUAAACCUCCUACAGGAGGAGGGGGUGAUCCCUGACAUAGUGGUUCUGGCCCUGCACUGUGAGGUCCUCUCCAUCAGGGGGUAAGACACAUUCAUAUUUGAAACGCUCAUAUUGAAGGUGCUUCUAGUGAAGCAACAUGCUUGUGCUGUCCCAUAAGAAUACUAGAUCUCUGUCCAGGACCUCUCUGUAAUGUCUGUCUCUGUGUAGGACGUGUCUGUACGUGUUGGGGCUGAUCUCGAAGACGCGUCAGGGCUGUGACAUGCUGAAGCAGCACGGCUGGGAUGCUGUGAGACACAGCCACCGGACGCUGUGGCCCGUUGUCCCUGAUGACAUGGAGCCCCACCCCAACCCCCCCAGCCUACUGUCCUCUGUCCCCUCCAGCCUCAGCCUGGCCUCUGACUCCACCAGCUCCAUGCACAACAGCGAGAGUGACUCCACGCAGCCCAGUAAGUCUCAGCCCAGUUUCAGUCUCUUGUCAUCAUUGUACAACUGGUUGGAAUUGAUUUUUACCGGUACAGUAUCUCCAAAUGUUUACCCCAUACUACCAAGUAUUAACCGUGAAUGGUCACUUCCAGGUAUGUACAUUAUGGACGAUGAGAGACUGGAGAACUGUGACCUGUCGGACGAUCCUCCCAUGUACAUGAGACCCAAGUACAAAGACCGCAGCCCCUUCACCCUCCUGGCCUCCAGCCGCUUCCGUAACCGCCUCCUCCAUUCCCUGUCGCUCUCCGGGAAGAAGCUCCGCAGCAACAGCGACCCCAAGGGCCGCGGAGGAGGGGUGGAGGAGGAACAGGGGCGCAAACGCACCGUCACCGAGCCCAGCUACACCUUUGGAUCUUCAGAUGUCUUCCCAAUCUAUAAUGAUGUCCAUCUGCCCAAAAGUCCCUCUGUCAACCUAGAAACUUCCUUUGUGGGCAGCAAGGCCUCUGAGAACCGGGGCAGCACCCCCAGCAUUGGGGAGGGGGAGGGGGAGGGGAGGCUGCCAGGCCGGUCAGUGGGGGUAGGAGGGUCAGGGGUUGGUGAGAACCAGAGAGAGCAGGCUAGCCGGGAGCGCCUGGCCGGGGAUGGCCCGUCUGGAGGGGGCGGGGGGGCUCCGUUUAAAUCGCGCAGUCAGAGCUUCAACACGGACACGACCACCAGCGGCAUCAGCUCUAUGAGCUCCAGCCCCUCCAGGGAGACCCUGCCCUCCACCAUCGACACAGACGGUGUCAGCCUUAACAGUGUGGUCAGCGCCCAGACCAUCCAGACCCUGACCUCCCACACCCCCCAGCCCCACACCGCCCACCUCUCCUCCCUGUCCAAGUCCAGCUCUGCCUCCCUGGUGCCCCCCGGCACCUCCCACACCCUCCCCCGCCGUGCCCAGUCCCUCAAGUCGCCCUCGUUGACCACCCUGAGCGGCCUGACAGACUGCAGCCUCAUGUACUCCAACUCCCGGGACGCGCUGGGCUACGCCACGCUGAAGUACGCAAGUUCUCGUGACACGUACGCCAGUCAGCGUGAUGCGCUGGGCUAUGCUACGCUGAAGAGGCUGCAGCAGCAGAGGAUCCACUCGUCCCUGUCCCACAGCGAGGCGCUGGCCUCCCCAGCCAAAGACGUGCUCUUCACUGAUACAAUCACCAUGAAGACUGGCAGCCUGGACUCCAGACUCACCCCACGGAGGUAACACAGACACGCACAUACACAUAAAUACACACACACAUUCUAGCAUAUGCUUCCACUCACUCAGUCCCCUUCGACUUGUCCACACACACACACACACACACUCUCUAGAAUUUCCCAUGACUAAUACUACUUCUCGGUGUACUCCCGCCUCCCUCUUGACAAGAUAAACAGAGUUUGACCUGCUCUGGCUUGAAUUAAAGUUGCAAUGAGGGUUUACUUCAGGAAUCUGCUGAAAUAUUAUGUGUUAAAAGUACCAGGAACUUUGUUGAAACCAAAAGGAGGAGUCAUUCCACUGUAAACAUUGCAACACGCCCACGGUCUCAGUAGACUGAUCCAAUUCCUGGAAUCAUGUUCUUAAACAACAGUAUCUGAUGGCAGCUCUUCAGGGAAGUAGUGUCUCUUCAGCCCUCAGCAGCCCUCCCCCUCCCCCAAUGGGAGUAAUACGCUGUAUGUGUGCUGUUUCUGAUGGUCCCUUUUUCAGUAGGUGUUCAGUAAAAAGGUUUGGCUGUUUGGGUGACGGUGGGCCAGCUGGGUCCAGUCGCAGGCCUGUUGGAGCCCUCCUCCCACGGUUGGUGGACAGACAUCUUAACAGGCCCCCCUCCCCCCCUCCUUUAUUGGAUGGUCCUGAUUUGACACCAUAGAGGCGCUAAGUUGCAACACCCUGUCCCCCACGUCCACCCUUGGCACCAACUAUAUUGUGCCCCUUCUAGGGUAGCAAAAUUCCAGUAACUUUCCCAAAAUUCACAGGUUUUCCAGUAAUCCCGAGAAUCCUCCAACCGGGAUUUCUGGAAAACCUGUGAAUUUUGGGAAAGUUACAGAAAUGUUGUAACCCUAGCCCCUUCUGAGCCCUGCUUUGGUCAUUUGAGUAGACGUGACUCCACUGUACCUCCAUCCUAAAUGUUAAUCUAUGUUGCGGUGUGGGAAGUCUAGCCCUCCUUUUUUCCUGACCCAUGUCCCUGACUGAGGCAACCAACUGCUGAUUGUGUGUAGAAAGUCAAGUCAAACGUACCUAAUGUUUGCAUUGUUCUAGAAGUACACUCUUCCUUGUCUCUCUUUUACUCAGUCUUGAUCUCUCUUUCUCCCCACCCCAUCAUACUACCUGUCCUGCCUCGUAACUCACUGCAUAUCUCUCUCUCUCUCUCUCAAUCUCUAGGUUCCUGAAGGCUCUGAGUUUUGCCUCUCUGGAUAAGGAGGAUCUGCUGAGCCCCAUCAGCCAGAGCACUCUGCAGCGGUCCUCCUCAGUGAGAUCCAUGGUGUCCAGCGCCACCUACGGCAGCUCUGAUGACUUCAUCGGCCUGGCGCUGCCCGUGGACAUCAACAACAUGUUCCAGGUAGUGACCAUCGUGUGACCCCUCUCUCUGAACCCAGAUGCACUGAACCCUCUGUCCCACUCCACUCCCCAUCUCAUCCCACUCUGCCCCCUCAUCUAUCAAUUGAACUUCUAUUCUAGAUAUUUGACCAAAGAAAUGGAGGUUGUUUUAUCUAUUUAAGUCCUAACUCCACCAUAAUAUUUGGAUAAAGAGUUACUUACUGUAAUGUUAUCAUUUGUUUCUUAGAUAAAAGAAACACCAUAUUUCCAGAAGAGGACCAGCCCGCCCUCUGAGGACAGAUCUGCCAAAUUCUUCUCUGGAGACUCAGAUGGUAAGAAACAGCCCAGGGUCAACACAAUCUAUUUUCUUCAGUAAGGAGUUGUAUAGCACUGAGUUUAGCACAGAGGGAAUCAUGGCUCUGCUUGAGAUAAAGGAGGCCCACUCAGGACCAACAGGCUUGAAUAAAAAGGGAGAAAUGUAUAUCAUGUGUGGAUAUGUGCUCCUUCCCCCAGGCCCCAGCCCUCACUCCCGGCAUGCUGUGCUUCGCUCCCAGCUGAGUAUAACAGAGCUGAUGGGGGUGAGCCGGGCGGAGCAGCAGCAGCUGCUGGUCUCAGAGGAGACUGGUCUACAGGAACACAACGAUGAUAACUGCCUUUACUGCACUGGGCUGACUGUGCUCGGCUUCAGCGCUUCCAACAGCCACCCAGGUCAGUGGCAGAUGCAUUAUAUUUCAAAAAAAGAUUUAUAUUGAACAAAAAUAUAAACGUGUAAAGUCUUGGUCACAUGUUUCAUGAGCUGAAAUAAAAGAUCCCAGAAAUUUUCUGUACGCCAAAAAGCUUAAUUCUCUCAAAUGUGUUUACAUCCCUGUUAAUGAGCAUUUCUCCUUUGCCAAGAUAAUCCAUCCACCUCACAGGUGUGGCAUAUCAAGAAGCUGAUUAAACAGCAUGAUCAUUACACAGGUGCCCUUUGUGCUGAGGACUAUACAAGGCCACUCUAAAAUGUGCAGUUUUGUCACACAACACAAUGCCACAGAUGCACUUGGCAUGCUUACUGCAGGAAUGUCCACCAGAGCUGUUGCCAGAGAAUGUAAUGUUCAUUUCUCUACCAUAAGCCGCCUCCAACGUCGUUUUAGAGAAUUUGACAGUACGUCCAACCAGGCCUCACAACCGCAGACCACGUGUAUGGUGACAUGUGGGUGAGCAGUUCGCUGAUGUCAACAUUGUGAACAGAGUGCCCCAUGGUGGCGGUGGGGUUAUGGUAUGGGCAGGUAUAAGCUACUGACAACGAACACAAUUGCAUUUUAUCGAUGGCAAUUUGAAUGCACAGCGAUACCGUGACGAGAUCCUGAGGCCCAUUGUGAGGCUCAUUUUUUUGGGGGGUAUCUGUGACCAACAGAUGUAUAUCUGUGUUCCCAGUCAUGUGAAAUCCAUAGAUGAGGGCCUAAUAAACUUAUUUCAAUUGACUGAUUUCCUUAUAUGAACUGUAACUCAGUAAAAUCUUUGAAAUUAUUGCAUGUUGCAUUUAUAUUUUUGUUCAGUGUAUAUAUAUAUAUAUAUAUAUAAAACAUUUACAAAAUAGAACAUUGUGCUGUUUAUCAAUUCAUGUUCUUGCUUCCUUGUAUUCUUUUUCCAUAUUAUAUUAGCAGUCUGCGACCAAUAAACAACUUAAUUUAAUUCACCUUUCUCCCUCAGACUUGACGGAGGACCAACCUUUCUCAGAGUGGUGCAGUCCACCUGUGCAGAACCACCUGGAGGUCAUGGCCCAAAACAAACUGUCAGGGGUGUCUGGGUGCAGUGAUGCUGUGUCCCAUGGCUCCCCAGGAAGCACCCGCAGCACUGAACUGGUUUUGGGUAAAUUUUUAAAAAUAUAUAUUUUCUCUCAUACAAUGCUUUUCUCCAAGCGAAGGGUUAUUUUGUUGUUGAGGCGGAAUGGCCUAACCCUCCUGGAUACCUGUGGUUUCUCUCCCCCCUCAGGAGUGAAGUCCAUCCGAGAGGAUGCUCCGGCCGGCAGGGUUCUCCUCAGGAAGGAGGUCCUGCGUCUGGUGGUCAACCUCAGCUCCUCUGUGGGGACCAAAGGCCACGAGACUAACCUGCUAACGUAAGACACACACACACACACAUUCCUUUCACUAUACACACACACACACUCAAACCGAGGUUGAUAUCCCUGUGUGUGUUGUCUUGACAGGAUCAAGGAGAAGUUCCCCUAUGCAUUCGACGACAUUUGUCUCUACUCUGAGGUAUCUUACCUGCUGGCCCACUGCAUGUUCCGUCUGUCCGCACGGCGCUUCAUCCAGGAGCUCUUCCAGGACGUGCCAUUUAUCCCGGUAAACAAACACACACAUGCCCACAUUCAUAACAAUAAAUGCUGGCUGGCUUCUAUUGACCUCUGUGUCUCUUCCUCAGAUGUACGAAGAGGCAGAGAGCAUCCUCUCUAUGCCGCCAAAGAAUGGACCGGCCGACCCUCCCACUGAGCCUUGA